UUCUCCAUUCUUCAUUCACAACUUUCGGUUAUAAAUCCCUUCACAAAAGGUUUUCUCAACCUCUUGCCAAACCCAACCACUGUAUAUAUAUACAUAUAUAAUUAUAAAUAUAUUAUAGUUUUUCUCUAACUAUAAGCUUUACUUUUUUUUUUGCUUAAUUAUACAAAAUGGAUCAUUCUCUGAAUUCAUCAAGAGGCAAAGUAGUACCUACCACACCCACCACAACCAAAAACCAAAGUGGUCAAGAAGAAAGUGGAUGGACAACUUACUUUGAUGAUUUCUCAAAAGGUAUAGAACCAAGUUAUUGUUCUGGUGGUGGUUCUUCUUUGCUUUCAGAUGCUGCUUCUUGUGCUGCAUGGAAAUUUUCUCAUCAUCACAAUCAAGUUGCAUCAAAGUUACCAAAGAAACUUUGUUUCAAGAAAACAAGAUCCAAAAUUAUAUCAGAUGAUGACCCUUUAGAAGAUACUGCUAGCUCUCCUGUCAAUAGUCCCAAGGUGAGAGACUUGAGUCCAAAUGAAAUGGCUUCUAGGAAGAUUGAUGAUCAACUACAAGCAGGUUCUAUGGGUAAAGGGUACACAUCAUCUGAAAAUCACUCAGAGUUGCUGCAUAUGAAUGAUAAGCAUGAAUUUGGAUUUAAUGAAAAGAAUGUUGAUUGCAUAGACUUGAAGCAAAGAGGGAUUUGCUUGGUUCCUUUGUCUUUGUUGGUUAAUUAUUUAGGGUGAUCAUGACUGAUAUUUUUGUCUAUAUCCUCUCUCUUUCUCUCUCUCUCUUCUCCUUCUUGUCUCUUUUUCUUUGUGUUCUUCUGUGUGGAUCAAGUUAUGGAAUUGUAAAGUAUGAUCAAUAUCAGUGACUGUACACAUAAUUUGUAUUAUAUAUACCAAAUAUAUAUAGUUAAAAUGUGGGUUAAUACAUGUUUACCCCUAUAAUAUAAGCGAUUUUCGGUGUACCUCCGGUAAAAAUAUUGUUUAGAUUUCAACCUGUAAUUUGAAGAUUCUUUGAUUUUAGACCUUCAUGGCAUAAAAUUACAAAAUUUAAGGUAUUUUCGCACCCUGUAAUUUGAGAGAAUUUCAGUUUAGCCCUCCCGUCAUAUCAUUGAUUUCGUAGAGUCAAAAUUCAUGAAGCUCUAAAACCAUAGAAUCUUCAAAUUACAGGGUUGGAAUCUAAACAAUUUUUUUUACAGAGGGUAAACUGAAAAUCGCUAAUAUUACAAGGGCAAACUUGUAUUAACCCUUAAAAUAUUGAUAAA